CUCGGGCACUGGGCUCGAACUUUGGCCGCCGCCUGCGGGAAAGUGUCCAUGGGCCGGAUCUAAGCCCAGCCCCUCUGCAGCCUCACCUGGCUCCCUGGACAGGGCGAGGGAGCUGUCCGAGGUACUGCACGUGGAUCAUGGUGGAAACCUUGAAAGUGGCUGUUCUUGGAGCUCCCAGGGUGGGGAAAACCGCCAUCAUCCGCCAGUUCCUGUACAACGACUUCACAGACACCUACAGCCCCACGGGGUCCCGUGACAUCUACAGACCUUCGCUCAUCUACAACGGAAACAUGUACGACAUGAAGAUCAUGGACGUCCCCUACUUAACUGCCUUCCCAGCAAACAGCUCUCAGGCAGCACCUCCAGUGGUGGGGUGGAGGCUGAUGGGAUGGCUCUCCUGCCCCCCCUCCCCCAAGCAGCCUGCACUCUCCCUCCCCCAGGAGUGGUUGGACCUGAAGUGCCAUGGGCUGAGGAACACCAACGCCUAUGUGCUGGUGUAUGACAUCUGCAACCCCGAGAGCUUCGAGUAUGUGAAGAUGAUCCAGCAGCAGAUCAUGGAGAACAGGGCAGGUGGCGCCCGUGAGGCCCCCAUCAUCGUGGUGGGGAAUAAGCGGGACCAGCAGAAGCAGCGCUUCAUGCCGCGUCGGACGCUCUCGGUGCUGGUGAAGAAGAGCUGGAAGUGCGGCUACAUGGAGUGCUCUGCCAAGUACAACUGGCACAUUGUCCUGCUCUUCAAGGAGAUGCUGAGCAGUGCGCUGGCCUGGGGCUGCAAACACCACUCCACUAUGCGCCCCCAGGGCGCGCUGCACACAACCCGAUGCAGCCUCAUGUGAGACAUGCUGCCAGCCACCUCCAAGGGGGUGCUCCCUCUGCUCUGGGAGGAGUAGGGGGGCGGGUUGGGAACUGGUUACCCAUCGCCACCUGAAAUGGGCUCUAUGUGCAGAGGGGACCCUCCCACCACCACCUCCCCUCUCCUGGCGCCAGGGGUUCCACUGUGUCAUCGUUCUGGGCACCUGUGCCCCAACUUCUCAGGGACUGAGCACAGGACGCAGGCUCCAGAGCCAGUGAGAAUGGGGAUGACCUAAGCAUGGUGAAAGACAUAAGUUGUGGUCCUCCUUAUUUAAAUGUGAAUCCCAGAGCUGGCUUAUGGUGCUGAUGCGGGGCAGUGCGGGGGGCUGCUGAGGUUGCAGAUAUGAUGGGGACAGAGAGUGGGGGGAGAUGUGAUCUGCUCACCCCCCUACCCUAAAGCCUCCAUUGGUGAGUGCCAUAGCACCCAAAGGAGCUCAAGUCAGGUGCACAAAGGUUUGUGUGGAGAAAAUCCCUACUGGGGAAAGUCUGCAGGGACUGAGCACAUGCUCAUAGCCCCCCAAACACGUUCCUUAGCUGUGACCGUUUGGCCAGCUGGUUUUACGCCCAUGUUGGGGCGAGGGGCAAAAUGUUUUCAACAAAACUUUCUUUUACAAAACGUUGCAGCCUUUUCAACCAAACCAAACAUGAGAAUUUUGGUCAAAAUGUUUCAUUAUUUUUUUAAACAAUUUUUUUAAUGUUUUGGUUCAUGUGGGUGGGGAAAAAAAAUCCCCGUUGCUACCACUGCUCCUCCCCCUAACCCUCCACUCUUGUUUGCUGAUGGA